GAACGACUGCAGGGUAGGCUGCCAUAUGACGCGCUUUGUUCGUCACAGGCAGCUGCGUUCGCGAAGGGCCGUUUGUACCUGAGCAAGGUAACAGCAACAGGUCAUUUCUCCGGGCGAGGGGAGCCACCGGCCUCGCCGUCUCGCGGCGCUUAGUCGCGAACCACCCGCCGCGCCGAUCGCACGCCCGGCCACGCUCUGAAUCGCAGACUUUCACGCGAACGACUCCAGCCACACCGAGUUAUGUGCGCUAACGCACGCUCUGAUAACCGUCGUGUUGGCUUACACUCGUGACGGCUCAAAUGUCGCCCAGUCUAGAAGGGAUCAUGUUCAACAGGAACGCGAACCUGUCCGCGCGCCGGCCGCUGCUGGCGGAGCCGCAGAAGCCCUUAGUGGUCCCGCCACGCGCGCCACCCCGCGACACCGGCCCGCAGCGGCCGCUACCUGCGCCUAGGAACCUGCCCAAUCCCUACGAAUACCGACCAGAUUACUGGAAGCCCUCGAAUGUCGAACUUGAACGGAGAUUGCAGGAGACGAGGUCCCGGGAGAAAAUCAGUUACUUCCAGGAUAAGUUAACGCCACCGGAGUUGAGCUUAGAUAGGAGAGAGGCGGAGCUGGUGUUCAGGUUCGAUCCUCACGCGUCCGCGGAGUAUUUAUCGAACCAGUACCGCGCUCCUACAGUUCAGUACGCGAAGCCUACGCCUGCGAACGGGUUUUCUAACCGUCUACCGGACCGCGACGGGCCCUUCGUAUUCGGCGUCCACAAUCCCAGCCAAUUCCCGAUCCCGCGAGAUCGUCGCGACGAUGACGACUACGACUACUCAGAAGUCGCCGAAGAGAAUGGACGAGUUAAAGAUGAUGUGUCAGAAACGAACUGUUGUGAUAAAGUGAACGAGUGGACGGCUCGGGACAAAAAGAAGACUAGGACACUUAAUCGGAUGUUUCAGAUUAAAGGAAAGGUGAAAUGUGCGAAGAAGGAGAAGAUUAAGUGUGUGUUGGUGGGGGACGGGGCGGUGGGUAAGAGCUCGCUGAUCGCGGCGUACGCACAGGACGCCUUCCGGGAGGAGUACCAGCCCACGGCCUACGACACAUUCAAGGUUGUAGUGGACGUGGACGACCGACCGAUCCGAGUUGAAAUCUGUGAUACUGCUGGCCAGGACUCAAUGUCCGAGCUGCGCGAGCUGUGCUACCCGGGCACGGACGUGUUACUCCUCUGCUUCUCUGUAGUCCGGCCCGAGACCUUCCGCUCCGUAGCGGAGCGGUGGACGCGCGCCGUCGCCGCCGUCAACGCCCCACUGCUGCUCAUUGGCACGCAGAGCGAUCUGGCGCUCGAUCCGAGAGUCCUGCAGACUUUGAGGAGUCGGGGCGAGCACGUUGUUACGGAUGCAGAAGCGAGGGCUUUGGCGGCAAAAAUAAAUGCGACCUACAUCGAAACUUCGGCCAAGACGCGCAAAAAUUUGAAAGACGCCUUUGACGCCGCCAUAUUGGCGGGGUUGCCAGUACUUCAAAGCAAAAGACCCUUUUGGAAGAAACUGCUUUGUAUAAAUUGAAUAGGUAUCUAAAUAACUGUUGAUUAAUUCAUUGUUAAAGACUAUAUUUGUAUAUCAUGAGAUGUGAAUGAAUUAAUAUGGAACAAUGUGUGAUUUUGCAAGGAGUAUGAUAUGAAGAUUUCAAUUAAUAUUUCUAAUUAGAGUUCUGUUCCUAAAUUAUUAUUUGUAACUAAAUAAUUAACGGACGUGCUAGGUGAACCUUUUCUUUUCUUAAACCUUGUGGAUGUAAUUGCACGUAAUUAUGAUUUAACGAACAAGUAUUGUGAUGAACAAAAACAUUAAUACAAGUGCCUUAUGAUUGUAAGAAAUUCUAUAGAUAUUAAUUGUAAACUAGUUUUCAAAAGUAGUGCAUUAUAAAUAGAACUAGAGCAGCUAAAUCACUUCGUGGUAGAAACUGCUCUGUAACCACAAUGCUUAAAGCGGCUACCAUACCGAUAAAAAUGUAUUUUAUUUAAGUAAUGUACUGUGGUUGCAAUGAAUGCAGAUAUUUGAAUUUAUUCCAAUAACUUUACGACUCUUCUAGGUAUUACAAAGUUGUACAGUUGAUUUAUUUAAAAGCAAUUAAAUAUACCUGUGUUGCUAUACUAGGGAUGUACAUAGUUCACUACUGUAUUAAUGUUAAUGUUGUUUUAUACUCAACACGAACUGAUAAUUAUAUUUUUAUUAGAACAUAAAUAA